CAAAACGACUCAAACUGCAGCUUCCAUCCAUCCUGCUCACCACGAGAGCGUCAUCUAACACAAUCACGCCAUCUCACAGACAACCGUCAGAUACCGUCUCCUCAUAAUGAUUCUGUCGAUGAUAUUCGCCAUUCUGAUCAUUGGGGACAGCACACAUCACAAAGAGACAGAAGCACGCCUUCAGAAGAUACCAUGUUCCCCAUGCUACUGCACCACGACAACUGACGGGGAUAUCCACGCAGAUUGUUCAAACAAACAUUUACACAACAUACCAUCCUCUCUUCCUACAAAUGUCACACAUUUGAUAAUGACGAAUAACCUCUUGACCAAACCCGACUUACACCGACUCUCCCAUAUAAAACAUCUGGAUUUGUCGAAGAAUAACAUUAGCAGUUUGAAUGAUAGCCUCAAAGGUGUUGUAACAUUGCUGAGUCUAAAUCUCCACGGCAACCAACUCACUCUGGAGAAGGCCACAUACCCGAAAGGAACGUUUAAAGAUCUGGAGAAACUUGAAAUCCUCGACAUAAGUAGGAACGUAUUGGUCACGAAUUCAUUGUAUCCUGAUGACAGCUUUCGAGAUCUUGUCUCUCUGCAGACGUUGGUGGUGGAUGGACUCGAGAACUGCACCUUUGGACAAGGCUUUGCCAGAUUAAAGAACCUUACAACACUGAACAUAUCAGGCCAAAGGGGAUAUUGUUCCAUCAAUCGUUUGUUAAAUGAGUCAUUUCUCCAUACACCUCACCUUAGAAACCUAGAUAUAAGUAAAUGUAAAAUAACAGAUAUUGAUGUUGGUUCGUUUCUUCCUUUGAGAAACAUUGACACAUUAGACAUGUCCGAAAAUGAUCAACUAGGGUUUAAGACAUUUGGUGACUCUAUGUAUGGCCUUGUGAACUCGUCUUUAAGAGAACUUAUGCUGAAUCAAAUCACAAGCAGUUUUGACAUCGGUGUCCAGAUACGGAGGACUCAUUUCCGUUUCUUCACCGAAAUACAUGUAAAGGAGCUUUAUCUUGACUGCAACAGAAUUGAGUACAUAGAGGACACCGUUUUAGGUGUUUUACCUUCAGUUGAAAUCAUCUCCUUGAAGAAUAACGAUCUGCAGGUAGGAGCUUACCUGUUUGCUUCAGAUCAAUUAGUAAGUCUUCGUAAACUCUAUAUCAAUAACCCCUAUACAACAAUCGGACCUUUACCAGGAAUUGUAGUAACCAAUGGUUCAUGCGUUGACAGAGAGCAUGAUCUGAAUAAAGUUUUCAGUUUGUACACGACGACAAAUACAGACAUGAGCACUGUUCAAAGACGCCAAAGAAGAUCUUCAGUGUAUGGAAAAGAUGAAACAGUUAAACGCAAGAAUGUGUUUCACAUAAACUACAAUGGUGGUGUCAAUGAGGUGGAACUCUCACAAUUACAGAGUAAACGAUUAUCCUCAGAUCCAAAUAGAAUCAGCAAGCAACAUAAGAAAGACGAGAUUCAUUAUUCAAUGUCUGUUACAAUACCCAUUGCUCCAAAUGCAACAUUUGUUAAUGCCAGUCACAGGGAUAUCAAAGGAAUAAUUGGAAACAUUUUAUUUGGGCCGAAUAAACUGCAAACUCUUGAUUUAUCAUUCAACAUGUUAACAAAAUGGGUAGGCCCAGUUCAACAGGCUCAAAAUCUUAAAUUUCUGGAUCUUUCAAACAACUUUUGCAAAUCCAUUGCAUCAACGUUUUUGGAGCAUGCAAGUGGUCUACAAAUAUUGAAUAUAAGCGCGAAUUACCUCGCUCAGUCCGUUGAAAGUGACACAGAAGGGGAGAUAUUUAUGAAUCAACACAAUGUAGAAACAUUCAGAAUUUCUUCCAAUUUGAUUCGUCAUUUGCCCUCUUCGAUUUUUGCAAGCAUGGGUAAACUGAAAGUCCUUGAUUUGAGCUGGAAUAUGAUGAGUUCUUGGGCUGUUAACAUACAUCAAAUGAAACAUUUGUGCAUGUUAGAUUUGUCCUACAACAGAUUUGAAACUGUUCCAGUGCGUCUUCGGAAUCAGAUUGAUGCAAUUAUGAAGGAAAGGAAAGACAAAUUUCACAUCAGAAUGAAGGGCAACAACCUUAAGUGUACAUGCGAUACUUUAGAUGACUUGUGGUGGAUGUUGAAACCAUAUGUAGCAAUAGAUGACGCAUCUGAUACCAUAUGCAGCCUAUCAGAUGGAACCGAGACGUCUUUGGACAAGCUUAACAACCUUGUACUUGAUCUUCAAGAGAGAUGCAAAACUGUCAUUCCAGUGAUAUUUGGAGCAGCCACGGGACUCAUUUUGUUUCUGUCAGUGGUAGUAGGUGGCGUCAUAUAUCGCUACCGAUGGAAGCUGAGGUAUUUGUACUACACAACUAGAAGAAAGUACAGAGGUUACCAGAGACAGAUGGGUGAAGAAGAACACUUCAUAUACGACGCUUUUGUCUCAUAUGCAGAAGAGGAGAAGGAGUUUGUUGUGCAGGACAUGCAGAACAUCUUGGAGAAGAGAUUCGGCUUAAGACUCUGUAUACACCAGAGGGACUUCAUGGUUGGUGAGCCAAUCACUGCCAAUGUAGUAAACGCAAUACAGUCGAGCAGGAAGACUAUCAUCCUUUUAACUCCAAGCUUCCUUCAGAGUUCCUGGUGUGAGUAUGAGGUCCACAUGGCCAAAUUUGAGAGCAUCCACUCUGGGAGAGAUAUUUUUUGUGUAGUAUGGCUCAUUGAUGUACCUGAUACCAGAAGGAUCAGCAGAGACGUCUUAGAUGAAAUUGAGCAUGGUACCUACAUCAAAUACCCAGCAGACGAAGUGGACAGAGAAGAGUUCUGGCAGAAGAUCAAGAUACGGAGGACACAUGUCCGUUUCUUCGCCGAAAUACAUGUAAAGGAGAUUUAUCUUGACUGCAACAGAAUUGAGAAGAUAGAAGACACUGUUUUAAAUGUUUUACCUUCAGUUGAAGUCAUCUCCUUGAAAAAUAACCAUCUCCAGCUUGGAGCUUACUCAUUUGCUACAGAUCAGUUGAAUCAGAUUGAUGCAAUUAUGAAGGAAAGGAAAGACAAAUUUCACAUCAGAAUGAAGGGCACCAACCUUAAGUGUACAUGCGAUACUCUGGGUGACUUGGAGUGGAUGUUGAAACAAUAUAUAGCCAUAGAUGACGCAUCUGAUACCAAAUGCAGCCUAUCAGAUGGAACCGAGACGUCUUUGGACAAGCUUAACAACCUUGUACUUGAUCUUCAAGAGAGAUGCAAAACUGUCAUUCCAGUGAUAUUUGGAGCAGCCGCGGGACUCAUUUUGUUUCUGUCAGUGGUAGUAGGUGGCGUCAUAUAUCGCUACCGAUGGAAGCUGAGAUAUUUGUACUACACAACCAGAAGAAAGUACAGAGGUUACCAGAAACAGAUAGAUGAAGAAGAACACUUCAUAUACGACGCCUUUGUCUCAUAUGCAGAAGAGGACAGGGAGUUUGUUGUGCAGGACAUGCAGAACAUCCUGGAGAAGAGAUUUGGAUUAAGACUCUGUAUACACCAGAGGGACUUCAUGGUUGGUGAGCCAAUCACUGCCAAUGUAGUCAACGCAAUACAGUCGAGCAGGAAGACUAUCAUCCUUUUAACUCCGAGCUUCCUUGAGAGUUCCUGGUGUGAGUAUGAGGUCCACAUGGCCAAAUUUGAGAGCAUCCACUCUGGAAGAGACAUCUUUUGUGUAGUAUGGCUCAUUGAUGUACCUGAUACCAGAAGGAUCAGCAGGGAUAUCUUAGAUGAAAUUGAGCAUGGUACCUACAUCAAAUACCCAGCAGACGAAGUGGACAGAGAAGAGUUCUGGCAGAAGAUCAAGGCAGCCAUAACAUUCUGAUGCAAUCAAUAAGCAAAGAGUGUUUUUUGUUUGUAUUUGAUUUAUUUAAGAGCACUGGCUUUUUCAAAUCACCAGCAUACAAAAGUGUACCUUUGAUACAUAUUCAUUUUGGGUAGCUCAUCGAUAUGAACUAUUGCUAUGUCAAAGUCGGGAUGACUCAGAUGGAAGGUGGAAGCUGUACAUGGCGCUUACUAAUUGCAAAUGGAAUAUUUCAUAGAAAUCGAGGGAUAUUGUUUUUGCUUGUUUAUUGUUAAGUUGUUAUUCAUUGUGGAACAAUUAUAUAAUUGUAUUGCUUUGCUUUUCUUAAGAUUCUGAAGACUGUAGUUGUGUGUUGGUUACUAUAGUUACUAUAUUGGAAACGUCUUGGGCAGCCAAAAUAUUGCAACACACAAUAUGUGUGGAUUUCUGUGUUACAUCAAACAUUUCCGUGUGGCUGUGGUCUCCCGUAGUGUUUUCAGAAAGUUCUGUAAGUUCCAGAACAAACACCUCGGGAAAUGUUUGUGUGUAUGGGGGGGCACUCUUCC